AUAAAAGUGUGCCAUGAAACAAGGCAAGGCUGAGGCACGUCUGACCGUUUACUGUCACAGUUCUUCACUCAGCUCCUCUUUAUCUCGCUUAUUGCACACUUUUCCCCAAUGUCCCAGGUGGAAGGUCAAACCUCCGCUGGGCAUUUCACUACAAUAGACGACUUUAUCUUGCCGGGGAACCACACUCGCAUGGAACCACCCUAUGACUAUAAUCCUAAUUUCAAGCCUGCUAAAGGCAUCCUCAAACAGCGGUCCCGGAUUCUUCAAAGAGAACAACAAGCAUCGACAUCCUGGAUAUCAACCCUCAACUCUAAGCUUUCUGGCAACCCAAAUACCAACGGCAAUGUGAGCGAUUCGCAGAAGCGCAAUGGCACAGACCAACUUCAAGAUGGCAAGACUUCCGACAGUAGGCCACAGACAGGUUUAGUGGGUGGACUAUCAAGUUUUCGCAAAUUCAUCAGCAAUGCCGCCAGUAAUCGCACCGCCAAUGCCCAGGGUUCUAUGAUGAAUUUGGAAAACUCUUCUGUUACAUCUCUUAGCUCGAUCAAUUCUGAAAACUUUGAAGAUAGCAACCUUGAGCUUGACCCAGAAGACCUCAAACGAGUUCGGUUUUCCAUUCAACAGCUGACUACAGAAUACCGCCCAUAUGAUAACCGCCAGUAUAUUGAUGAUCCUCCAAAACCUGAGGAAACAAACGAGCUAAAAGUUGGUGCCGCCGACGAUCAAGUUGCUCCUGCCACUUUGGAAGCGAAUCCUGCCACUUUGGAAGUUUCAACCGAGGUCGACUCCAAACAUAUUGAUGAAACGGCCGAUAAUUUCACGGACAUCACCUCUAAUACUGAAUCAUUUACCGAGACAACCUUCGAGGAAGUUACAUCCAAUGAAGAGGAAACUCCGGUUCCUAAGCGGACCGAUAGUCUAGUAUCGUCAUUGUCGUCCGGUCAACCUUGUUCACCAACCGAUCUUCUGAUAUUUUAUGAAACGGCAUGUCGUAACAAGGAUGAGCACAUGUUUCAGCCUCUUGUCCGCCAGUUACAGGAGCAAGCCCAUAUGUCUCACUUGACAUCUCUGGAUCUUUCCAACUAUCUGAUUGAUCGGGAGGCCGCAGAACCCAUCAGCGAUAUCUUGACGUUGGAGCAUAAUCUUCAGAGGCUGAUAAUGCAAAAUUGUGGUUUGGAAGAUGAGACAAUUAAGCUUAUGCUAAAUGGUUUGCUGACAAGCGACAGCGUGAAGUAUCUCAAUAUUGCAAAUAACAAGAAAGUGAAAGCGAACGGAUUCAAGUACAUUGCCAUCUAUAUGCGAGAGUCAAUAUCCUUGCAGGUGCUGAACUUGUCCCUCAAUAACUUUGAUAAAAAGUCUGUUCAGAUGAUAUCGCAAGGUCUUAUUUCCAAAAAGUCAAUGCAAAGCAGCGCAGGAAUCGAUACCCUCAUUAUGGACGCCUGUUUGUUCCGUCCUUCUUUGUUAGAAGCUUUAGCUGUCGGCGUCAAAAAUACUGCUUCCCUCAAAACGCUGUCUCUUCGAAAUAACCGUAUCAACCAUCAGGGAGCUUCCUGGAUAGGGGUCAUGCUGCGUGAUUAUGUUAGCCUUGGCUUUUAUGCUGGCUCCACUGAAAGUAUUUCGUCAACCUCAUCGAUACAGCAUGGCUUGGAACGCUUAGCUUUGGAUGGUAACGACUUGCGACAAGGAAUACAGUUUGUAGCACAGGCAUUGAAGCGAAAUCAGAGUUUGAAAGAGUUAGGUCUGAACGGUUGCAAAAUCGAUGCAAGAAGUGUUGUAUACCUUGGUGAUGCUUUGAAAUACAAUCAAGCAUUGGAAAAACUGAAUAUCAGUAACAACGAUCUUGGCGUACCAGUUCGAGAUGGGUUUGUUUCUUUGUCACUGGGAUUGCAGCACCACCCUUCCCUACGAGACAUCGAUCUAAAGGGAACAUCCAUGAAAACAGAAGACGCUAUAGAGAUUUCUAAAUCUUUACCAUAUGUCAAGUCCCUAAUGAGGCUUGACUUACGCAACAACCCUCUCAUUACUAUAGAGGGCUACGCCAGCUUGGCAGAGGCCAUGAAACGAAAUCACACUCUCGCAUUUUUGGACAUAGAUGUUUCGCAGGCGAACCAAGAGUUGACCCAAUUGCAAAGUGAUAUCUUGACACAAUGCAGCCACAAUACCCGCCGUAAUUUUGCAGACGCAACGGAUGGCGAAGACGGAAGUACUCCAGCAGAUACGAAGGUAGCUCCACACAAGGAUGUGGAAAGAGUUGUAUCGAAAACAAAAGCACAGGCAACUGUACGAUUGUCUCUGCAAGAGCGUCUUGCUGCUGUGACCCGGGGUGCCAACUCCAGAGUGCCAGUCCCAGCGGAAGUUAAGCCUGGUCCGUCUCCUGAAGACGAGCUGCGAGAAAAGCUGGAGGCCAAGCGGAAAGAAGAAGAGUCCUUGAACAAAGAGAUUGAAAUAGCUUCUGAUCAUCAAUCUUUAUUAGCGGAAAUGUUGAAUGCCACUUCAACUGAACCAACUGACGAAAGAUCUGAUGUCAACGAAACACUUAAUGUAAGUUAUUUUACCCCCAUUCAAUUUUUGUAACUGGAAGCUGAUUUUUUUUUUUUUUUUCAUAUUCUUCCAGCGACUUCACUUACAGUGUGAAACAUCUCAACGACUGAUCAUGUCCUUUGUACCAAGAAUUACAGAUGAAGGUCUAUUAGACAAAUUAUUAAACGUUAAUGAUAAGCUGACGGAGGUUAUAUCGCAAUACGAAAAGAAAUAUCUUGAAGCUCCCGAACAGCAAUUGGAUGAAGAUGCUGAGCCGGCUACUGUUGAACCUCAAGUGGUUGAAGAACCGUCAUUUGCUAUAGGAGA